AUGUUUGGUCACGCGUCCUCAGAUACGCCCAACUCACCCAAAAACGCAGUUAUUACCAAUCCAGCCUUCUCCAAAGCAAUCCAAGACGUCAUCCUGCCCUAUCUUGGUGACCUUAAAAGCUCUACAAUACCAGGAAAUGAAUACAUGGCCUUAGCAAAACUUACACAAGAGUACGAAGGACGUUUUAUGCGUGACAUGAGAGACCUCGACGUGCUAGGUCUAGAUGAGAGAUUGUCGCGAAUAAAUUCGCCUGCGCUACUCCGUACUUCAGAUGGGUCUAUGUAUUUCGAAGCCGGCCAUUCCUAUGCACGGUUGGAGCCGUGGAACCUAAGCAACCAACCUUUGCAUGAGUUGAAGAGCCAAUUUUAUCUCAUUCGUUUGAAAAAAGGUCACCUGAUGACUUUGCUCUCUGGAUACGCCCAGGAGAACCUAGUUGGAGAGGAUAAAGAGAGCGCAUGA